AUGCAGUAGUUUCAUUAAAAUUCAUUAUCUCCCUUAAUAAUAAUUGGUGAUGUUGAUAAUCUAGAAGAAGACCUUAAAUCUAAACAUACUCCUGAAAAAUCUCCAUCAUACUUAGAUUUCAACAAUUAAAAAUAAGAAAAUACUGAGAAAAAAGAAAAUAAUUUAAUGAUUAAGAAAUUUAGCUAACAUGCUUCUGAUUUUACCGAUUUACUAUACUUAUGGAAUGAUUACCUUAGGAAUAAGUUUGAAAAAAACAACAGACUUCAAUGA